AUGGCGGCAAUGGCCUCAGGAGCAGCGGCCCUUUCACAAGGACCCACCUGCACUUUGGAUGUCAUCGCGGACACCGGUGCGGGAGAACACUUGGGUUCGAAGGAGGCUUUCCGGGAACAAAGGGUCUCCGAGAGUGUGUUUGAUGCGUUGUGCGGCACAUCAUCACAGAGCAUGGCCUUUGACGCAGGCGGUGGUAAGAAACACUCCAGUGAAUCCAUCGGCCUGUGGUCUAGCUCCUUGAAGCGACUAGCCAACAUGUUCGUACUCAAGAGUUGUCCGUUGGUCUACUCGAUAGGACAAUUCGUCAUGAACCAAGGGUUUAGCUUCAUGUGGGAAGCCGGUGAGCUGCCCAUCUUGAUCCCGCCUGCAGUUCCCUACAACCUCGAGGUAGACCGAGACCAAUGUAGGACUGCUGAUCGCAUUGAACACUGCGUACCUGUUUUUCGGGAAGAAGUAGAACUUGUUUCUGGUGCCCCCGUCGUCUGUGGAAGUGAAGACGCUAGAGAACCACCUGACGACUGGAGGCUAGCCUCAGGUAAGGUGAGUUGGCAGGACCUGCGUGACGGAAGAGUCUUGGUGCAGAGACGUGUUCCCACUUUCGCGAAGCCGGAUGUGGAAGAGCUAGACUUGCGCACGACUUGGCUAGUAAACACCACCGAGUGGUUUCCGCUAGAAAACCAAGUGAAGUGGCAAGAACUGGAAAGCCCCGAAGCUGAACUUCCCUACAUUGCUCACAGCCUGAUUACUUUCUUCGAAUCUUCGGCUUCGUCUGCGCGUCGCGCGAGGGCGCUAGAGGAGAGAAAGGAUGAAGGUGAUGAUGACGAUGAAUGGGAAGCGCGCGACCAGGAAGAGCCUGAGGGCCCUGUGGAGCGCAAGUGGAUCACAUCAUCGCACGCGCCAUACAAGAACUGGCUAAGGAAAAGGGGCAAGCUUUGUCUUCUACCAGGCCCAGAAGUCAUCGAUGGCAUGCGUUUCAAAGGAGCGCAUCAAGUAGCGUUGGAUGAGGAGAACCCUCAUCACAAGCUUCCCAGCACUGACUCGUUGGCUCCACCUGUAGGGGCGCUUGAUGAAGACAUUGAGCAGCAAACGGCCGAAGCAACAGGAGCGGAAGAAACUUCAGCACAGUUUUCCAGAAACAGGGCUAUCACCAGGUUGAGAAUUGCAGUGCACGGCAAGACUCCCAAGUGUGAGGGCUGCAAAACUGGAAGCUACAACCACAACAAGGCAUGUAGGACACGGUUUAAUGAUUUGCUUGACUUUCAUGAGCCGCUCCCUGCCAAAGACAAGGAGGAUGAAGAGCUCGAAGACGCUUUUGUCCCUCCAGAAGAGUCUGAGGUUCCUGCUUUUACUCCGCCUUCGACGGCAGGAGAAGAGGUAGGGGAAACCGUCUCAGGCUUAGCCGCUUGUGUUGAGUUGCUUGCAGACCCAAAGGCUCACCAAACUGGAGAGCUGACGCAAGACGAAGCACAGCAACUGUUUCAGGGCCUCCCUCAAGAGACAACUUUUGCGUUGACUGCCAAGGAAAGAAGUUCCAAAGUGAAACAGUCUACAGGCGCAACUUUUGUCGAGUUUUGCUGCUCGAGUCACAGUCAGUUGAAACGAGUUUGUGAGCAGCACCAGAUCUCGUAUCUAGGCUUGUCUAAAGAUUUCGUCGAUCUUGAAAACCAAGAGCAGUUUCUGCAGGUUUUAGACUGGGCGCGAGAUCAGGCUGAGAGAGGAGAGGUUCUUCACUUGUGGGGUUCCCUUCCUAGUCAGCCCUGGCACAACCUUCGCUCCAACAAAGACUCCAAGCACACAGACACACCAACAGCUUUGAAAAGAGAAAACUCGUUGAGGCUCGUUCAGCACUUCAUGUUGUUGGCCAGUGUUGCUGCGGAGUCAGGGGGGUCUGUGUCGUUUGAGUGGCCGAAAAGCUGUUUAGGUUGGUACCAAACAGCGGUGCUUGACAUGAUCACUCGCUUUGAGUUGCAGUUGUGUCCUCCGACCAGUUGCGGUUUCAGGCUCUGCAUCGACGGAAAAUAUCCGCUGAAGGAGUGGCGUGUGGCUACCAGCCACCCGCGCGUCGCUCAAGAAAUGAGCAGGCGGAUUGGUCGUCAUGAGCAUGGUCACAAGCAUGAUCUGUUGCACGGUGACGUUGCGCAGAGGCCGAACUUGUGUCGCUUGCGGAUGGACUUUGCGCUGAAGCACUUCCGGUUCAAGACUUGCUCAGUAAUGUGUGUGGACAAACAAUACCCAUCCGUAUCCGUGAAGACAAUGAAUCGGCAAUAA